AUGCCUACAUACCAUCCCAUCGUUGCUGAGCUUCGUGAUGAGCUCCUCAGAGAAGUCGAUGAUCUUGACACUGCUGUCAGGAAUGCCUUGAAAUUCGAUAUUCCCGACAUGGCCAAGUAUGGUGUCAAGUCCGGAAAAGGAUUUCUCGACUUUGCGGACUGGUUAGUUCGAGGUUGGAUUCCAACCGAGAGCACCAAUGGCCGCGAUAUCUACUAUAUCCUUUGCAUCUUCUACUUUGUCCUCGCUCAAGAACCUCUGGGUGUUCGCCAAACCUCAAUUCUCCCAAAGAACAUUAACAAGCCGCUCACCCCUCUGUCUGACUGGCUCGUACGUUACGCCAGGAAGGUUGGGGAGUUUAUGAGCCAACCAGGUUCAUGGAAUGAGACUUCUUUGACCAGCUACCGAAACUCUCCCCAGUUCCGUGUCUUUGAGGCGGAAGAUCCCAGUAAUUGGAAGACUUUCAACGAUUUCUUUCACCGAAAGCUCAAGGAACCUCGUGAGAUCGAUUCACCAGAUGAUGAUCGCAUUGUGACCUUCCCCGCGGAUUCCACCUUUGCCGGUGCCUUUUCGAUUACCGAUGAAUCUGAGGUGAUACUUAAGAAUCUCCCCUGGAAGAUAACGGAUUUGCUCGGUGAAUACGGCAAGGCAAAAGUGCCAGAAUCCGAUGGCAAGACCACAUAUGGCGAACUAUUCAAGGAUGGGGUUUGGACACACUCCUUCCUCAACACCUUUGACUAUCAUCGACAGCACUCCGCCGUCUCGGGCAAAGUCGAAGUCAUCGAUGUGAUCCCGGGUGCUGCUUACUUAGAGGUACUGGUCAAGACAGACGAGAAGGCCGGAGGCCACAACUACCUAUCACCUCGCCGUCGCAUCUCACCGAACAUCAAGAAUAGAGACCCUGCAGGAGUCAUCACACUUGAUGCUCCUGACUCUCCAGGCUAUCAGUUCUUACAGACCCGCGGGAUUGUCAUCAUCAACAACGAGAAGUUGGGUCGGGUUGCGAUCUUGCCUAUUGGUAUGGCCAUAGUUUCCUCUGUCAUCGUGAACAAGGAAUUACGUGGCAAGACCAUCAAGAAAGGCGAUGAAAUUUCCCACUUUGCUUUUGGAGGAUCUGAUUGUGUGAUGAUGUUUGAGGAAAAGGCGAGAGUAUCCAAUUUCCCGGAUACGGAGGCUAACGAACAUUUCUAUUACGGCGAGAAACUGUGCAAGUCUCAUUAUAGAGACGCUGUUCCGUUUCAUUUGAAGGGAAAGAUUGCUGUUAACUAG